UCCCGUCAUCCACUUGCAUACUUGCACAACGUGAAAGUGAAACAUGGCUGAUCAAGGCAGUAAAGGGGGCUCGGACGCUGAAUUUGCCAAGAGAAUUGACCCAGCAAAGGAGAGUCUGACGCGUGAACAGAUGCAGUUCAUCCAGCAUGUGGAAGUCGAACAGUGGAAGAAGAGAUCACAGAAGCUACGGGGUCGAAAUAUCCUCACGGGCCUUGCAAUUGCCGCUGUGGUCACGGGCAUCUAUGCCUACACGAUCCACGCGGUGAAACAAGAGAGGAUCAUGGACGAAAUUGAUGAGGAGGCCAAAUUUAUCAGAGCGCAAGUGUCUAAGGCAGAGGCCAAAUGAGAACGGAUAUGUGUACAAACGGGCUUCGUCCGGCGUGUCCUCAUGCUUGGACACUUGUUUGCACUGACUUUUUGAACUGAAGUGGGCGGACAUGUGUUUUACCCUCUGCUGACAGUUUGUUCUACAAAGCUGACACUAGGGGGCGCAAGAAGUCUUUCAGCCUCCUUAUUUCUGCAGUCUUGGCCUGCUUCGAGGACUGCUUACUAUCUGUCAAGCAUAGGGUAAUGUCUUUAUGUCUGUGUACAUAAUAGAAACUGUGUUCGUGUGUUAAAUUUUCUUUCAUUGCUCACACUAUCAUCAAGUCCUCGUUUAACGACAGGUAAUGCAACAUAAAGCGGGAAUUAAGUCACAUCCUCAGGAUGUUCAUGAAAAUAUUAUACAACACUGGUUGUGGGAAUUGUAAUUAAAUGGUAGGAUAUAUUGUAAGACUGUUUGAACCUGAUUUUCCAAUAAUAAAUUAUAGUGUCAUUGCUCUUUACAA